CCGGGCUAUGUGACGUCGACGGUAAACUAAACAUUGCGAGCAGGCAAUUUUCUGCAAAAAAUGCGUGUGUUACUGAUCCUCACCGCUUUGGUUAUUUCUGUGGAAGGUGACUGCUCGAUUAACAGAAAUGGAACGUACACAGUCAAUAUAUCCGAGACAACAACGACCGGAACAGAUAUCUAUUUCUUACGUGACGUCAUUAAAAACACCCAGAGCAACAGUUUUUCUAUCGAGAUUUCCACGGACAAGGAUGCCAGGUUUAGUGUAAGCGUCACCGGCGUCGUCUCACUUCAAGGGUAUGUCGAUUAUGAUAUACAACCCCAGUAUCAGCUGAAUAUUACUUGGUAUAAUGACACCAUGCCGUCUUUUGUCGCCGUUGAGUGCCUUACCUUGAUUGUGAAUAUUGAAGAUGACCCGUGGUGGCCACCAUAUUUCAAUGAUACAUGCUGCCUAUGUCCCGAUGACGAGAGAACGUCUAACUACCCUUUCUUUGUUCAAAUCGUUGACAGGGACGGGAUUCCACUGCAAAACAAGAUGUCAGAACAAGUAGUAUGGUCAGCGGAUUUGUUUUAUCAUGAUACCACAAUGCCCAGUAAAGAAUGUACUUUCACUGUUUACAUGGAUAUUGAGAGAUUGGUACCACUUAAUUAUGGUGAUGUGAUACGAUGUGAUGUUAUUGAAUACGACGCCACUGUAGACGUGUUCCAUCUUGAAACCUACUUACCCGAUACGAUACAGGGAAGACUGGCCGAUUUUAAGUGGUUUGAAGACAGAACUGAUCGUAAACUUUUAAAACUGGUGAUGACUCCAGAAUUUAUGUACCAUUCGCUAAAGGGCGCUAGUUGGGUAUGCAACGACCCGAUUAACCCGAUUAUCAUUUCGGAACAACACGUGGAGUUCAUUGGAUGUCCAGAUGGAAAGUUUGGUUUCAAUUGUCAGCAUGACUGUAUCUGUAAAAAUGGAGCGACGUGUCAUGGUUUAAAUGGAGCAUGCGCAUGCACACCUGGUUGGAAAGGUCCUGCGUGCGAUAUAC